AUGUACGUGGGCUAUGUGCUGGACAAGGACUCCCCGGUGUACCCGGGCCCUGCCAGACCCUCCAGCCUCGGCCUGGGCCCUCCGGCCUACGCGCCCCCCGGCCCGGCGCCGGCACCCCCUCAGUACUCAGACUUCGCGGGUUACACGCACGUGGAGCAGGCGCCCGCACCCCCUCCGACAUGGGCUGCGCCCUUUCCUGCACCCAAGGACGACUGGGCAGCUGCCUAUGGCCCGGGGCCCGCGGUCCCCGCCGCCAGCCCGGCCCCGCUGGCCUUCGGGCCCCCUCCGGACUUUAGCCCGGUGCCAGCGCCUCCCGGGCCUGGUCCCAACAUCCUGGCGCAGACCCUCGGCGGCCCGGGCGCACCGUCCUCGCCUGGAGCUCAAAGGAGGACACCCUACGAAUGGAUGAGGCGCAGCGUGGCGGUCGCAGGCGGCGGUGGCAACGGUAAGACUCGGACCAAGGACAAGUACCGUGUGGUCUAUACAGACCACCAGCGUCUGGAACUGGAAAAGGAGUUCCACUACAGCCGGUACAUCACCAUCCGACGCAAGUCGGAGUUGGCUGCUAACUUGGGGCUCACAGAGCGGCAGGUAAAGAUCUGGUUCCAGAACCGUCGGGCCAAGGAGCGCAAAGUGAACAAGAAGAAGCAGCAACAGCAGCCGCCCCCGCUGCCUCCCACACAGCUGCCCCUGCCCCUGGAUGGCACCCCCACACCAUCAGGGCCACCCCUGGGUAGUCUGUGCUCCACCAAUGCAGGCCUUCUGGCCAACCCCUCCCCAGUGCCUGUCAAGGAGGAGUUUCUAUCUUAGCCUCUUCCAAUCUGGGGCCCAGGGAUCUAGGGAUUUGAAUGAUGGGCACCUGGCUUUGCUGGGGCCCAAGGAGCCUAUUCUGAGUUCCAUCCCUGUUGCUGACCUUUGGGGUCACUGUGGACAAUUUGCCUACCUGGGACAAGUAUCUUGCCCACUCCCUGUCUCCCCUCAGCUGGGCUGUGUGAGGACCCUGUUGCAUGAGGACCUCUUGUGUUCUAGGCCACGGGGUGCUGGGGAGCCCCAGUGAGAGCUCUCAAUCACCUGGAGACAUCUCAAGAUCCAGAGGGCUCAACAAGCUGGCAAGACAAGGUUGAGGCUCCACCUCCUCCUCCUCCAAGUGUUCAGAGUGAGGUGGGAGGCUGCUGCAUGGACCGGACUCGCCUUGGAGAGAAGAGUCAGUGUAGACUCCCGUAUGACACACAAGGAUAUAUGUCUCACCUGUCUCCUCCUGCAGCCUUCCCUCCACCUGCCCUAGCACCCCAUGCUCUGGCCCUGCCCAGCCUGGAGGUGAUCACAAAGGCAUCAGGACAGAGCAAUUGGCCACUGAUCUUGAGGCAGAACUUGCUCCCUCCCUGGUACUUCAGGGAGGCCUGUGGAUGGAAGGGAAGCCUCUCAGGGUUGACUCAGACAGGGUCCACAUACCUGUUCAUGCCCAUCUCCCCACAGGCUGUUCAUCACACCUUGGGAGCCCCCAGACCAUAGGGAACUCACAGCUGGACAGGGGUUAAUGGAGUGGGAUCUCUUGGAUGCAGCUUCAGGAAUAAAUUUUCCCCUUUUAAACAAUUUAUAAGAAUCAUACAUAGCAUU